AUGCCAGCACUGGUGCUACUGGAACUUCCAAGUUUGGUUGCAUCAUUGACAAUGCUGGGCUUAUUUCGGUAUUCAGUCACAUUGGAGGGUACUGUGGGUACUGAGGCUGGCCAGCAUAUUGCUGGACAAAAUGUGGUGGAGCAUAAUGGUGCGCAUAGUGGUGCAGUAUUGCAUAUACUGUUAGGACAGAAAAUGAUUACUAUAUUUUAUAAGUCAAUUUUACUGCAUGAUUACAAAUUACACAACCUCUCACUUCCUGCAACAAUAAUCACAGUGGGUAAUAAGGUCUCAGAUGAUACACUGAAGUCAUGUGCCAAUCUCUUCAGCUCCAGCUACAGUAUUUGGGGUGAUCAAGCAAGUACAAUUUCUAAGUUCACCAAAGCCAGGCAAAAGGUGAAGAUGACUGGUGCAAGACUACAAGCCCAAUGUUUGUCUCACCUAGAGAAUACUGUCCUGGUGACCUGCCACCUCUAG